AUGCUUACGGUACGGAUUUCCUUCUGGCUGAAGUGCAGUGUGCGUAAUUACAGGAUUUGUGAGCGCCACCUUGAACUGGAACCUCUUUGCUGCCUCUCCUCAUGUCUUGUACGUGGCGGCUGUACUGCUGUUGCCGCAUUUGAGUACACUUACGUUGUUAUUACAGUUAUUGCAAUCAUAUUACGUUUACAUGAGAGUGGACAGUUCAGGUUUUGGUCUCAGUUCAGGCUGUCGUACAAUCUGAUAGUUACACACAAAGCAUUUCUCUACGUGUUGUUAGGCUACGACUUAAUAACAUUUGCAAUGGCCACUGGACUUCUUCGUGCGCUGUUCAAAUUCGACAAGCGUAUGGUUCGGACACAUUUGUAUUUCGAUUAUUUUGCUUUGGUAUUCAACGUGUUUGCAUCAGUACUCUUCAUUCCGGCUCUUCUUGUUCAAAACUCAGAAGCUCGAAAUCUCGCCAAUAUACUGCUUGCAAUUUCUUUCGUUACUCAUAUACCAGUACAACUCUGGGCAAUCUCGGUGUCGGCAGAAAAUGGUGAAGCAUCAGAAGGCUUUGUUGUACAGCAAAAAGGGCAGCUGAUUGUGGAUUUGGUAAUCGAGAAGCUGUUCAAUCGAUUUCCUUUCGCAACAUUCACACUACAGCCAUGUGCAAGUCGGAAACGGCGAAAAUUUUCUUGA